AUGCUUCGCAACUGGGUACUGCCAGUGGUCCUAGCGCUGCAGGUGCAGGUCGGACAGCAGCAGACCACACUGGACCCAUGCAGCCCUGACCUUCCAAAUCGAGCGUUGGGCUGCCCACCCUUGGAGGAGGUGAUUGAGUGCACUUACUCGGGCAAGCACUGCUAUCUAUACGAUGCCUUGGAACCUUUCUGUGUGGAGCCCUUGUUGUUUUUUGAGAGUCCCUUUGGGGGCCGGCGAGCUGAAGGCCCGCCUGUCUGUACAACCACCACAACAGCCACCUAUACAGUGACAUUGACUACGACCCAGACUGUGACAGGCUUCACGACAACACGGCCUCCAGCCGUCGAAUGCAGAGACUUCUGCUAUGACAAUUCCCACCCGUGGCUUGUCAAGUGUGGAUGGUCUGCCUGUGCUUCAUGUGGGGAGUGUGCUUCGAUCAUCCUUCCGUCCACAAGCGCGGAAAGUACGUCGGGAAUGCUGGUUGUGACAGCGAGGCCGGACCGCAGAAACACAACUUUGCCGCCAACGACGCAGAGACCCUCCAGCACAGGCGCCGGCAAUGCCGGAGGUGGGGGCCCCGUGUUCGAAGAUGACGGAUCCUUAGAGGAUGCAGCAAACAGUGAUCAGACGACCGAUGCGGCUUCGACCUCUUCGACGCGUGAGCUGGAGUCGAAGACCUGCCUGCAAUUGUGCUACAAUGCAAUCGAUUAUCUUGGGUGGCCAACGCUUUGCACUUGGGCUACAUGCGUGACCUGUCCAGAAUGUUCAGGAACUACGGUGACAGCAACCACUACAACAGAGGUUCUACCACCGACGUUUACAUUAACGACAACCUUUAUAUCAGGCACAACCGGCAUUUCGUCAACAACAUCUACGAUGACGCGCACUGCUAGCAGCACAACUAGCUGGACC